AUGUGGCCGUCUUAUCAGGGAAUAUGCGGGAAUGAUGAUUUCCCAAGGCCGUCCCUCUCCUGUGCGCCAGUUCAGAACGCCGCUCUCGCCGGGAAAAAUCCCCAUCGGGGUGGUGAUAACCCAAAAGCGCAGCUCAACGCCCUUCCAGAUAGAAGAUUUGAAGAUAUGCCGUCGAUUUCAGACAUCGAGCACUAUGAUGUGGCGGUCGUUGGUGCUGCCGUCUUUCUUGUCAUCGACGACAGCAAGACCAUUGGCGGAGUAUGGAGCGAGGAGAGAAUAUAUCCCACCCUCUACGCGCAGAUAUGCUAUCCUCUGUUUGAGUAUUCGUUCUACCCCAUGAAGAAUGAGAACAUCUCACCUGACGGCUUCAUCUCGGGCACUGCAAUCCACAACUACCUGGUCAGCUUUGCCAGAGACCAUGGCCUGCUCGGCCGUACUCGCCUGGAGACUCGGGUAGUGGCCGUGGAGAGAGGCAGCAACGGCAGCGGUUGGAUCCUCGAGGUGAACAAUGGGCCACUGAUUGAAUAUAACUUCCACAAGCCAGUCAUCCACUCGCUCGAUUUUGGUAGCUGGCGCCAUCAUAUCGAGAGUGAUGCCGUCAAUAGAGCCACCGUGGUCGGGGCAUCCAAGUCCUCUUAUGACACAGUCUACAAUCUUCUCAAGUCUGGAAAGGAAAUCGCCUGGAUCAUACGAAAGAGCAAUUCAGGUCCAUUUUCACUCUUUGCGCCCACGUUUAUGGGCCUAUGGCAUAUCUCGGAUCACAUAUCGACACGACUUGCGGCUAGUUUUAGCCCUAGUAUCAUGAAUAUCUCAGGCCACUGGAACAUGUUUUUGCAAAGGACAGCGCCCGGCCAAUUCAUCACUCGUUUAUAUUGGCAAGUGGCGACUGCUUUGGCCAGCCACCUUUUUUGGGGGAGCGGCGGGAUUGGCAUCGCUACCGUGCCUGAUUUCUGGCAGGUGAUUCAUAAUGGAGAUGUAACCAUACACCAAACAGGAAUCGAAUCUCUGUACCACCAGGAUGUGGUUAACCUCGAAGACGGGUUCUCCGUCCCUGCAGACAUUGUGAUACACUGCACCGGGUUUGACAAGGGCUAUGAUACUUUCAGUCCCGAGCUGCAAGAUGAGUUAGGUCUGCGUUAUGACUCUUCCCAGUUCUCUAAAUGGACAGUGCUCGAUUCCCAAGCUGAAGCACAUAUAGAUCAGUUACUGCCAAUACUCAAAAACUCUCCAUUCGAUGUACUAGACGGCCAACGAAAGCAUACUCAGGGCCCGAAUAGGCAUUAUAGACGCCUGGUCGUGCCAAAUCUGGCUGCCAAAGGCGACCGGUCCAUCUUAUUUCCUGGGCAUAUCCAUCCGGCCUUUACGCCGUUGGCGGCCAAGCUACAGGCCCUCUGGGGGUUUGCCUGGAUGCAUGGCUGGCUGGACCUACCCUCGCAAGAGGAAAUGGAACGAGAGGCCGCCAUUUUCAAUGCUUGGACGCGAAAGCGAUAUAUCGAACAGGGGAAAAAACACUCUUAUUUCAUAUACGAUUAUAUCUCUUAUCUUGACACUCUUAUGAGGGACCUUGGCCUCAAUCCUUAUAGAAAGAAAAGUGCUUUUGCGGAGUGGUUUAUGCCUUACCGGCCUAGUGACUAUCGUGGGGUAAUUGACGAGUACUUGGCUUCUAAACCGGCAAGCGAAGAAAAAAAGAAGAUCAAAUCACAUACACUACAUGGCGGUCAGGAUGGUGCAUGUGGGUCCAUGACUAACGGCGACUGA